UCAUAUAAUAAAUAUACCCUAAUUGCCCGCAUUGAUCAUGGAACUGUUUGAUGGCAAGCAAAAAGUCUUGCGGCAUGCAUCAAGUUCAAAGAAACAUUUUGAAGUCCAUCCAUUUAUUUUUACUACAAUUUGUAUUUGGCCUUCAUUAAAUAGGAUCCACUAUUAUUUGACCCGCAGCCACAACCACAACAAACAUCCGCCUUACAGUGGAAAGAAAUAAAGUUAGGCUGCGAACAUUAAAUUGGGAGUUAAAUAUAUGUGGUUGUUAAUGGUCGCUACCCACAGUUGCCGAAUAAUAUUUAACAUAGGCUAUUCAUUUAAUCCCUGCAAGUUAUAAGGCCAUACAAUUACAAUUCUGCAUAAUGGCACAGCAUUUCAAAUAGGCCUACCUGUCAUGUUAAUAUGUUUUUCAGUUUCCUUCCAUUCAUCUCCAGCGAACAUAAGGUAAAGUAGAUCUAAAACAAUUGUUAUUUAGCCUAUAUUUACAAUCCCCUUAUCCAAACGGAUUACCUAGCUCUUGUCAAUCGCUCUUAUCAUAUAAUUUAUUUGAUCUGCACCCCAAACUGGCACUGGCAUUUCCCCCAAGCUUAAAUUCAAGGUCAGAAUACGCUUAGACAGAAAAUGUAUGCGCGUGUAACUCUGGUCUGAAUUGUCCCCUUAGAUAAGAGCAGACCCUGACAGAAAACAUAGCUAUGAUAAUAUCCCCUUCUUCACCCCACUCUCUUUUCAUCUCCAUCUCUUUCUCUCCUCUGUGUCUGCCCUUGCACAUGGAUCUGUAAUGAUCUGUCCGAAGGUUCUCCUUGAACUGUGUUCUACUUCCUCUGCUCUUUACAUACCAUGGGGGACCUGUCCUCCCAAGAUCAAAGGUCAAACCCUUGGUCAAGAGCACAUCUCAGAACCUCCAGUCAGCUCUCUAAUAUUAGCUCCUCAGCACCCGUAUGUUUCCAGCUUAUCUAUGAUUAUCGAUGACAUUGACAAUGUUGUUGGGCGAAGUACCAAUCCUAGGUAGAAUGCAUAUUAGAAUGUUAUUAUCAUGGAACAUUGUCGUUCUGCUGUCAUUAUUCUGUUGUCUCUAUGACAAUAGGUAGAGGUAGUGUCUGCAGAAGUGCUUUUGUGUGAAUAACAACUAAGAAAUCCAUUUGGGAUUCUAGGCUAUGACGGCAUGUAUGAGCACCCAGCAAACCAAAGUUGGUUCUGUGAAAGUUCCCAGAACAUUCAUUAGGUUGCGGUAAAUGUUCUCAUAAUACAAAAACUGUCCCCUUGUGCUGAUGAUUAUACAAUGUUUGUAUAAAACAUUCACCUGACAUUGCAAGAACAUUCGCAGAACACAUUUAGUCUGUUCUUUAAAGGUUCACAGAAUGUGGGAACAGUCUGGUGGGAACAUUGUGGGCACAUCACAAAAGAUGUGUUCCCAAAACACAAAACCUGUCCAGAUGAUUAUACAAUGUUUCUAUUAGUUUGCAAGAACGUUCCCAGAACACAUUUCUUAUGUUAUUUAAAAGUUCUUAAAACAUUUCUUUAGGUUGUCGGAACAUUGCGGGAUAUGACAAGAUGGGUUUCCCAAAACAGAAAAUCUGUCCAUUUGAGAUGACAUUCUUACAAUGUUUAUAUCAGGGUGCACAAAACGUUCCCUCAAUGUUCAUUGAAUGUUAUUUCUAUGUUCCCAGAAUGAUCAAAUUCAGUUUUGAACAGUCCAUGGAGGUUUCUUUCAUGUGUAAGUGUUCUCUUACUGUUGACAAAGUUAGUUGUACAACAAUCCAUGUAAAAACACAUCUGGCAAUUAAUUGUAAUUACAUGACAAUUUAUUGUACAAACAGUUCUGCCAUAGUCUCAGCCGGGGACGGACCUGGGAGCGUUAUCCCUGGAAUAAAUCCAUAGCGCCAUUGGGGAGGGACUAACAUACAUUUAAAGCAAUUUCACCUUUACUAUGACUUCCAGAUUGUGGUCUUUAUCUUUGCAUACAGGACCUGUCAAAAGUUUGGACACCUACUCAUUUAAGAGUUUUUCUUAAUUUUUUACUAUUUUCUACAUUGUAGGAUAAUAGUGAAGACAUCAAAACUAUGAAAUAACACAUACUAAUUAAUAUAGUAACCAAAAAAAUUGUUAAAUCAAAAUAUUUUUUCUAUUUGAGAUUAUUCAAAUUAGCCACCCUUUGCCUUGAUAACAGCUUUGCACACUCUUGGCAUUCUCUCAACCAGCUUCACUUGGAAUGCUUUUCCAACCAUCUUGAAGUUCCCACAUUUGCUGAGCACUUGUUGGCUGUUUUUCCUUCACUCUGCGGUCCAACUCAUCCCUAACCAUCUCAAUUGCGUUGAGGUCAGGUGAUUGUGGAGGCCAGAUCAUCUGAUGCAGUACUCCAUCACUUUCCUUCUUGGUCAAAUAGCUCCUACACAGCCUGGAGGUGUGUUGGGUCAUUGCCCUGUUAGAAAAAAAAUUAUAGUCCCACUAAGCGCAAACCAGAUGAGAUGGCGUAUCGCUGCAGAAUGCUGUGGUAGCCAUGCUGGUUAAGUGUGCCUUGAAUUCUAAAUAAAUCACUGACAGUGUCACCAUGAAACAAUACAUGAGCAUUCUGCUAAUGUUGAUGGAUGUGUGUUUUAAAAUCCUAGCCCCCGUCCCCGCAGGAGGUCAUUUGCCUUUUGGUAGGCCGUCAUUGUAAAUAAGAAUAUGUUAUUGACUGACUUGCCUAGUUAAAUAAAGGUUUAAUAAAUGUUUUAAAAGCAGCCCCACAUCAUCACACCCCCUCCUCCAUGCUUCAAGGUGGGAGCCACGCAUGCGGAGAUCAUCCGUUCACUUACUCUGUGCGUCUCACAAAAACACGGCGGUUGGAACCAAAAAUCUCAUUUGGACUCAUCAGACCAAAAGAUAGAUUUCCACCGGUCUAAUGUUCAUUUCUCGUGUCUCUUGGCCCAUGCAAGUCUCUUCUUCUUAUUGGUUUCCUUUAGUAGUGGUUUCUUUGCAGCAAUUCAACCAUGAAGGCUGAUUCACGCAGUCUCCUCUGAACAGUUGAUGUUGAGAUGUCUGUUCAUUUCUGAGGCUGGUAACUCUAAUGAACUAAUCUGCAGCAGAUGUAUAUCUGGGUCUUCCUUUCCUUUGGUGGUCCUGAGAGCCAGUUUCAUCAUAGCUUCAAAGUUUACUACUUUAGUAGUGGUUUCUUUACAGCAAUCAGACCAUGAAGGCCAGAUUCACACAGUCUCUUCUGAACAGUUGAUGUUGAGAUGUGUCUGUUACUUGAACUGUGUGAAGCAUUUAUUUGGGCUGCAAUCUGAGGCUGCUAACUCUAAUGAACUGGGUCUUCCUUUCCUGUGGCGUUCCUCAUGAGAGCCAGUUUCAUUAUAGCGCUUGAUGGUUUUUGCGACUGCACUUGAAGAAACUUUCAAAGUUCUUGACAUUUUCCAGAUUGACUGACCUUCAUGUCUUAAAGUAAUGAUAGACUGUCGUUUCUUUUAGCUUAUUUGAGCUGUUCUUGCCAUAAUAUGGACUGGGUCUUUUACCAAAUAUGACUAUUUUCUGUAUACCAACACUACCUUGUCACAACACAACUGAUUGGCUCAAACGCAUUAACUGUUACGGCUAGAUGUUCCGCUAGCGGAACCCCUCGACAACAUCCCGUGAAAUGGCAGAGCGCGAAAUUCAAAAAAACAUAUUAGAAAUAUUUAACUUUCAUACAUUCACAAGUGCAAUACACCAAAUUAAAGCUUUCAAAAAGGCUUUACAGCGAAAGCACACCAUGCGAUUAUGUUAGGUCAGCGCCUAAUCACAAAAAACAUACAGCCAUUUUCCAGCCAAAGAGAGGAGUCACAAAAAGCAGAAAAAGAGAUAAAAUUAAUCACUAACCUUUGAUGAUCUUCAUCAGAUCGCACUCAUAGGACUUCAUGUUACACAAUACAUGUAUGUUUUGUUCGAUAAAGUUCAUAUUUAUAUCUAAAAAUCGCAGUUUACAUUGGCGCGUUAUGUUCAGUAAUGUUUUGCCUCCAAAACAUCCGGUGAAUUUGCAGAGCGCCACAUCAUAAACUUUGAUGAAAUAUACAAGUGUUAUACAUAGGAUUAAAGAUAAACCUCUCCUUCAUGCAACUGCUGUGUCAGAUUUCAAAAAAGCUUUACGGCGAAAGCACACCAUGCGAUAAUCUGAGUACAGCGCUCAGCCACAAAACAAGCCAUACAAGCCAAGUUGUGGAGUCAACAAAAGUCAAAAAUAGCGUUAUAAAUAUUCACUUACCUUUGAUGAUCUUCAUCGGAAUGCACUCCCAGGAAUCCCAGUUCCACAAUAAAUGUUUGUUCUGUUUGAUAAAGUUAAUCUUUAUGUCCAAAUAUCUCCUUUUUUUUGCACGUUUAGUUCACUAAUCCAAAUGCACAAAGCGCGGGCACUAUGUACAGACGAAAAGUAAAAAAAAGUUCCAUUACAGUUUGGUGAAACAUGUCAAACGAUGUAUAUAAUACAUUUUUGGGAUGUUUUUAUCAUACAUUUUAAUAAUAAUUAUUAUCUAAUAAUAUUCCAACCGGACAAUUCCGUUGUCAUUAGAAAGGAAAGGGAACGGAGCUCGCGCUCACACGCGAUAAACAACUAAAGGCUUGAGCCACUUACUGUGAGUGGUCUUAUUCUCUCCCCUUUCACAAUAGAAGCCUGAAACAACUUUCUAAAGACUGUUGACAUCUAGUGGAAGCCUUAGGAAGUGCCAUCUGACCCCAUUUACACUGGAUAUUGGAUAGGAAAUCACUUGAAAAACUACCAACCUCACAUUUCCCACUUCCUGGUUGGAUUUUUCUCAGGUUUUUGUCUGCCAUAUGAGUUAUGUUAUACUCACAGACAUCAUUCAAACAGUUUUAGAAACUUCAGAGUGGUUUCUAUCCAAAUCCACUAAUAAUAUGCAUAUCCUAGCUUCUGGGCCUGAGUAGCAGGCAGUUUACUCUGGGCACGCUUUUUACGCGAACAUGAGCUACUGCCCCCUAGCCCAAAGAGGUUAUUAAGGAAAGAAAUUCCACAAUUUAACUUAACAAGGCAGACCUGUUAAUUGAAAUGCAUUCCAGGUGACUACCUCAUGAAGCUGGUUGAGAGAUUGCCAAGAGUUUGCAAAGCUGUCAUCAAGGCAAAGGGUGGCUACUUUGAAGAAUAUAAAAUAUAAAAUGUGUUUAACACUUUUUUGGUUACUACAUGAUUCCAUAUGUGUUAUUUCAUAGUUUUGAUGUCUUCACUAUUAUUCUACAAUGUAGAUAAUAGUAAAAAUAAAGAAAAACCCUUGAAUGAGUAGGUGUGUCCAAACUUUUGACUGGUACUGUAUGUACGAAGACAUAUGACCAUAGUUUGGAUCGUAAUUAAAGUAUUUCAAUACAAAAGGAAAUCCACUGGAAACAUUAGGAUCCUGGUGGCGCAGCAGACUAAGUAGCCUAUUUUUUCCUGCACCAUAGUAAAUUUAAACUUUUGUUGCAUUUAAGGUUAAUAAAAUGCUUAUAAAGUUUGUAAUUUCCACUUUAAAAUGUCAGACUUUUUUUGCCCAAACAAAAAAUGUAUCAACCUAUACAAAAUGUACCAUUAAUUAUAAUCCACAUAGUAAUUCACAUUUCCUGUUAUUGCAGGAUUAUUUUCCUGCUGUGAGAAACUGGUCAAAUUAUGAUUCUAUACCUGGAUAGGUGUCUCGGAUGACAUCUCCAUUAAUGUUAGGGAAAUGUUCUAGUAACGUUCUCUCAUAACCAAUUGAAUUGAACCCAGACAUGACCGCUGAAGAAUGUUUAGGGAGCGUUAUUGGAACAAUCAUGGCAUAACGUCACACGAAACAUUAUGAGAGCAUUGUGGGAAUAUUCCCUGCAUGUUGCUAUGGGUGUUUUUAAUUACAUCGCCAUCAACAUUAAGAGAAUGUUCCUGUAAUGUUUCCUCAGAACCAUUUCUAUUGCUCUCACAUUUUGUUGCAGCAGUAGGUUCUAAAAACAUUACUUUUACAUUGUUAUUACCUGGAAACCUAAUGAGAACGUUUGAAGAAUGUUCUGUGGUGGAUGUUACAGCUGUUAUGCACAACAUUUUAACGUUAGGAGAACAUUCUAAGGACAUUUCUUCUUUUUUUUUAAAUUCAACAACAAAAAAACAUCUUAUCAUCCUAAUGUUAUAUAAAAUCUUAACUAGAAGUUAAUGGGAAUCUUAAAUAAUGUUCUGGGAAUGUUCCCGGUUUGCUGGGAAGCUUUUUGUAUUUUUCAAAUUAGUUAAUUAUAUUGGGGUAAUUCUAAGACAUUUCUGUUCAAACUCUUUAUUUUCCUAUGAUUGGAUUCAGGUCAAUGCUGUGUCUGAUUCAGCGACUAGUUUUGUUCUUCUCAACAUUGACAGUCACUCAUAUGUGAUCAGUUAACUGCUAGACAGACCAGUGCGACAAUCUACUCUCACCUCGACGUGAGUAUAGCUACUUUUAUUGGUAAUAUUUUCUUCAUGUGGUUCCUUGUGACUUUUUGUACUGAACACACUUUCAAUGAUUUAUUUAAAUGAUAAGAAAAAUGAUUGUGUCCCUGCGUAUUUCAUUGGAAUGAAAUGUUAACUGAGACUGAGACCUCUAGGUGCCCAGACCCUUGUUAGUUUGUCUCUCUGUGAUUUUGAUGCCGAAUUUCGUUAGUUUUAUGACCAGUGCAUAGUGUUGGCAUGAAGAGGGACAUAGUGUCAGUCAGACAUAGCUGUGUGUGCAUGUAUGUUUGUUCACGCCUGUGCUACAGGGGGUACAGUGCCUAUAUUUAACCCAGCCACGGAGAAUCUAGUCUUAAAGGGAUAGCUGCAAGAUUAGCCCUUUAUACUCACACCUGUAUCCAGGUUUAUAAUGGCUGGUUUGGGCACUGAUAAGCGCCUUAAUUGGAACGCAGUGGCUAUACAGUAACAUGCUAUAAAUUAUCACAGAGCUCAGGCUCUGCGCUUCACAGCGCUGUAUGGGUUUUGACUGACAGCUGUUUUGAACUUGAGCACCACACGCGACAAGAAGUAGCCCCCUUCCCUCCUGCUAAUUGGGAAACUAUUAAAACAUUUUUGUAGUCCGAGUGAGGGAAAUGCUGUAAAUUAAGAGGACUGGUACAGUUCAUACAGUAUAGGGAAAUCAGUCAAUUGAAAUGAAUUCAUUAGGCCCUAAUAUAUGGAUUUAAAUGACUGGGAAUACAGAUAUGCAUCACAGAUAUCUUUAAAGGUACGGGCGUGGAUCAGAAAACCAAUCAAUAUCUGGUGUGACCACCAUUUGUAUAAUUUAGCAUGGCACAUCUCCUUCGCAUAGAGUUGAUCAGACUUGAUUGUGGCCUGUGGAAUGGUAUCCUACUCCUCUUCAAUGGCUGUACAAAGUAGCUGGAUAUUGGCGGGAACUGGAACAAGCAGUUGUACACCCAGAGCGUCCCAAACAUGCUCAAUUAGUGACAUGUCUGGUGAGUAUGCGGGCCAUUGAAGAACUGGGACGUUUUCAGCUUCUAGGAAUUGUGUACAGAUACUUGUGACAUUGGGCCGUGCAUUAUCAUGCUGAAACAUGAGGUGAUGGUGGCGGAUGAAUGCCACGACAAUGGGCCUCAGGAUCUCGUCACGGUGUCUGCAUUCAAAUUGCCAUCAAUAAAAUGUGUUCGUUGUCCGUAGCUGAUGCCUGCCCAUACCAUAACUCCACUGCCAACAUGAGGCACUCUGUUCACCACGUUGACAUCAGCAAACCACUCCCCCACACAACUCCAUACAUGCUGUCUGUCAUCUGCUCAGUACAUUUAAAUCCGGGAUUCAUCCAUGAAGAGCACACUUCUCCAGCGUGCCAGUGGCUAUCGAAGGUGAGCAUUUUCCCGCUGAAGUCAUUUACGAUGCCAAACUGCAGUCAGGUCAAGACCCUGGUGAGGAUGACGAGCACGCAGAUGAGCUUCCCUAAGACGGUUUCUGACAGUUUGUGCAGAAACUCUUCAGUUGUGCAAACCCUCAGUUUCAUCAGCUGUCCGGGUGGCUGGUCUCAGAUGAUCCCGCAAGGUGAAGAAGUCAGAUGUUAAGGUCCUGGGCUGGUGUGGUUACACGUGGUCUGCGACUGUGAGGCAGGUUGGAUGUACUGCCAAAUUAUCUAAAAUGACGUUGGAGGGGGCUUAUGGUAGAGAAAUUAACAUUUCAUUCUCUGGCAACAGCUCUGGUGGACAUUCCUGCAGUAAUCAUGCUAGUUGCACGCUAUUUCAAAACUUGAGACAUCUGUGGCAUUGUGUUGUGCGACAAAACUGCACAUUUUGGAGUGGCCUUUUAUUGUCCCCAGCACAACCUGCACCUGUGUAAUUUUCCUGCUGUUUAAUCAGCUUCUUGAUAUGCCACACCUGUCAGGUGGAUUGAUUAUCUUGGCAAAGGAGAAAUGCUCACUAAGAGGGAUGUUGCAAUUAUAUUUUUGUUCCGUAUAAUUUGAAAGAUGACACGUUGAGGAUUAUAAUUAAUAUCACUUUGAUGUCACACAAGCAAGCCAAACACCCGUGAGUCCAAAUUUGCACUUCACAUUUUCAUAUCAUAAAACUCAUAUGCAGUCAAUAUUUAUGAUCACUUUGUUUGAUGUACAAUUACUAGAUGACAUGGCGUCAUACCCUGGGUUGUUCUGAACUAUGUUUGUCUUAUGAAGAAAAUUUGCCUCGGAACACGCACCUGAAUGCACGCAUGACUCCUUUCGAUGCGCACCAAAAUGACGAUCCGUUUCUCUGAAUUGCGCUGUGAAAACCUGACACUAAGAUUUUAUUUUAUACCUUACCUAGUCAUGUUGGCAAUAGAACAAGCUUUCAAAUGUGCAUUUAUUAUGGAUCCCAAGACAGCAGCAACUCUUCCUGGGGUCCAGCAAAAUUAAAGCAGUUAUACAAUUUUAAAAACAUUACAAUACAUUCACAACACAUUGUGUGCCCUCAGGCUCCAACUCUACGACCACAUAUCUACAACACAAAAUCCAUAUGUACGUGUGUAUAUAAACUCAGCAAAAAAAGAAACGUCCUCUCACUGUCAACUGCGUUUAUUUUCAGCAAACUUAACAUGUGUAUGUAUUUGUAUGAACAUAACAAGAUUCAACAACUGAGAUAUAAACUGAACAAGUUCCACAGAGAUGUGACUAACAGAAAUGGAAUAAUGUGUCCCUGAACAAAGGGGGAGUCAAAAUCAAAAGUAAGAGUCAGUAUCUGGUGUGGCCACCAGCUGCAUUACGUACUGCAGUGCAUCUCCUCCUCAUGGACUGCACCAGAUAUGCCAGUUCUUGCUGCGAGAUGUUACCCCACUCUUCCACCAAGGCACCUGCAAGUUCCUGGACAUUUCUGGGGGUAAUGGCCCUCGCCCUCACCCUCCGAUCCAACAGGUCGCAGACAUGCUCAAUGGGAUUGAGAUCUGGGCUCUUCGCUGGCCAAGGCAGAACACUGACGUUUCUGUCUUGCAGGAAAUCACGCACAGAACGAGCAGUAUGGCUAAUGGCAUUGUCAUGCUGGAGGGUCAUGUCAGGAUGACCCUGCAGGAAGGGUACCACAUGAGGGAGGAGGAUGUUUUCCCUGUAACGCACUGCGUUAAGAUUGCCUGCAAUGACAACAAGCUCAGUCCGAUGAUGCUGUGACACACCGGCCCAGACCAUGUCGGACCCUCCACCUCCAAAUCGAUCCCGCUCCAGAGUACAGGCCUUGGUGUAACACUCAUUCCUUCGACAAUAAACGCGAAUCAGGCCAUCAGCCCUGGUGAAACAAAACCACGACUCGUCAGUGAAGAACACUUUUUGCCAGUCCUGUCUGGUCCAGCGAUGGUGGGUUUGUGCCCAUAAGUGACGUUGUUGCCGGGGAUGUUUGGUGAGGACCUGCCUUACAACAGGCCUACAAGCCCUCAGUCCAGCCUCUCUCAGCCUAUUGCGGACAGUCUGAGCACUGAUGGAGGGAUUGUGCGUUCCUGGUGUAACUCGGCAGUUGUUGCCAUCCUGUACCUGUCCCGCAGGUGUGAUGUUCGGAUGUACCGAUCCUGUGCAGGUGUUGUUACACGUGGUCUGCCACUGCGAGGACGAUCAGCUGGCCGUCUUGUCUCCCUGUAGCGCUGUUUUUGGCGUCUCACAGUAAGGACAUAGCAAUUUAUUGCCCUGGACCCAUCUGCAGUCCUCAUGCCUCCUUGCAGUAUGUUCACGCAGAUGAGCAGGGACCCUGGGCAUCUUUCUUUUGGUGUUUUUCAGAGGCCGUCGAAAGGCCUCUUUAGUGUCCUAAGUUUUCAUAACUGUGACCUUAAUUGCCUAGUCUGCAAGCUGUUAGUGUCUUAACGACCAUUCCACAGGUGCAUGUUCAUUAAUUGUUUAUGGUUUAUUGAACAAGCAUGGGAAACAGUUUUUAAACCCCUUACAAUGAAGAUCUGUGAAGUUAUUUGGAUUUUUACGAAUUAUCUUUGAAAGACAGGGUCCUGAAAAACAUUUACAUUUAAGUCAUUUAGCAGACGCUCUUAUCCAGAGCGACUUACAAAUUGGUGCAUUCACCUUAUGAUAUCCAGUGGAACAACCACUUUACAAUAGUGCAUCUAAAUCUUUUAAGGGGGGGGGGGGGUUAGAAGGAUUACUUUAUCCUAUCCUAGGUAUUCCUUAAAGAGGGGUGGUUUCAGGUGUCUCCUGAAGGUGGUGAUUGAAAAAAAGGGACGUUCCUUUUUUUGCUGAGUUUAGUACAUAUGCUAUCGUGUGUGUAUAUGCAUGUAUCUGUGCCUAUGUUUGUGUUGCUUCACAGUUUCCAACUGUUCCAUAAGGUGUCUUUUUAUCUGUUUAUUAAAUCGAAUUUUACUGCUUGCAUGAGUUACUUGAUGUGGAAUAGAGUUCCAUGUAGUCAUGGCUAUAUGUAGUAAUGUGCACCUCCGAUAGUCUGUUCUGGACUUGGGGACUGUGAAGAGACCUCUGGUGGCAUGUCUUGUGGGGUAUGCAUGGGUGUUCGAGCUGUGUGCCAGUAGCUCAAACAGACAGCUCGGUGCAUUCAACAUGUCAAUACCUCUCACGAAUACAAGUAGUGAUUAAGUCAAUCUCUCCUCCACUUUGAGCCAGGAGAGAUUGACAUGCAUAUUAUUAAUGUUUGCUCUCAGUGUAAAUUCAAGGGCCAGCCGUGCUGCCCUGUUCUGAGUCAAUUGCAAUUUUCCUAAGUCCCUCUUUGUGGCACCUGACCACACAACUGAAAAGUAGUCCAGGUGCGACAAAACUAGGGCCUGUAGGACCUGGCUUGUUGAUAGUGCUGUUAAGAAGGCAGAGCAGUGAUUUAUUAUGGAGAGACUUCAACCUAUCUUAGCUACUGUUGGAUCAAUAUGUUUUGACCAUGACAGUUUUACAAUCCAGGGUUUCUCCAAGCAGUUUAGUCACCAAAACUUGCUUAAUUUCCACAUGGUUCAUUACAAGAUUUAGUUGAGAUUUAGGGUUUAGUGAAUGAUUUUAAACUAUGCCACUUUAUUUUUACAUACCCUACAUUACUCAUCUCAUAUGUAUAUACUGUACUCUAUACCAUCUACUGCAUCUUGCAUAUGCCGUUCUGUACCAUCACUCAUUCAUAUAUCUUUAUGUACAUAUUCUUUAUCCCUUUACACUUGUGUGUAUAAGGUAGUAGUUGUGGAAUUGUUAGGUUAGAUUACUUGUUGGUUAUUACUGCAUUGUCGGAACUAGAAGCACAAGCAUUUCGCUACACUCGCAUUAACAUCUGCUAACCAUGUGUAUGUGACAAAUAACAUUUGAUUUGAUUUGAUUUGAAAUACAAUGCUUUUAGUUUUUGAAAUAUUUAGGACUAACUUAUUCCUUGCCACCUAUUCUGAAACUAACUGCAGCUUUUUAAGUGUUGCAGUCAUUUCAGUCACUGUAGUAGCUGACAUGUUUAGUCAUCCUCUUUCAUAGACACACUGGCUUUACUCAGAAAAAACGCCAGAAUUUCGGUUUUCAAUCGUUUGGCAGCUGUUUUCAUAAUUUGGUUCAGGUUUUUACAACUUGGAGAAAAAGCACAACACAGACAGCAGCUGCCUCUGUUCUCUCCCGUGAUGGUCCUGUACGCCAUCCUUUCAGAAGUUUUGCCUUCACACAGCCUGUCCGCUGAUGCCCACCUGACCCAGAUUGCGAUUUAUAAUGGUCCGUUUUUGGGAUUGCGUAAACAAUAACAGUAAUUGUGUGAUGGCGGGGUUGCAGGGUUGUGUUCCAAACAAAGCAACUACAAAUGUGCUUGCUCUAGUUCCUCAACGGCACAGCUAGGAGAGUGCCUUGAAAGAGUGCCUUGAAAUUACUUAGGAACUGUGCACACUUUGGAGAGGUGUCUGGCCACUUGGAGACACCAGAUAGUCUUCUCACCCAAACCCACAAUAUUCUUAUGUUACUGAAUGUAUCCAGAGUAUUUUCAGAUGAUCAACAAAUGUGUUAAAGUACAGUAAAUGUCAAAUAUACAUCAAAUCAACAGUGUAACGUUUGGAUUCAGUCUUGUCAGAUGAACUGUUGUCCUCAAUUUUCCCAUAAUCUCCAAACUGUUCCCUUUCAUUUGCUACCAUGCUUAUAUGUAUGCAUUUGAGCAUAUGCUUUUCAUAUUUCUUCUGUGAGAAUCACUUCAAUGUAGCCCUAUCCUUAUAUGCCAAUUCCCACAAGUGUAAAAGGGUAAGGCCUUUUUCUACUUACCCAGAGUCCGAUGAACUCAUGGAUACUUUCAAAUGAAAGUUCAAGAACAUUGGGAAACGGCACUCCAAUUUUAUUUUUUAUUCACAUAGAAAUGUGUAUUAUAGAUCUAUCAUUCUACUUGAAAGCAAGUCUAACAAGCUAUUUCUAUGCUUACCGUUCUUAAGUUUUGUUUUUGCAUCUUUUACUUUUGUUUUUUCAUACACUAGCUUUAAACAGCUGAAACAACACUAUUUUUGGUUAUGGAAAACAUAUUUCACAGCGGUUUCGAUGGUACAAUGAUUAUCAACACAACACUAGUUUAUUUUGUAACAUAAACUGAAAUUAGGCAAACUAUUAAAGUUUUAGCCACCAGGAAAUAGCGGAACAAUUUCUGCACAGUGCAACUUUAAAAGACAAAAAAAAAGUCACCUGAUUUCACCUUUUUAUUUUUGUCCGGGAAGGCUAACACGUUUUAGCACUUAUUCCUUCAUCAGAAAUACCAUUUGUAUGUCUCUGAGGGUAGAUUAAAGGAAGUUAAAAAAUAGUUUUGUGAGUCAUUGCUAACUAGCGUUAGCGCAAUGCCUGGAAGUCUACCAGAACAGCUAACAUGCUCGCACUAUCCCUUUAAACUCACACUGACCCUGAUCCAUGCUGCCACUAGAACACUGUGGCACUGUGACCCACUUAAAGCUAUUUUAGUGUUAUGACCAUGUCAUGUUUCUAACCAGGACCCACCAUUUGGUGGACAUUGAUUUAUAAUUCCCUCUGUAUUGUUGCACACAGGGAGCAAACUUGCACAGCUUUAGAUACUGUAGGCGUUGUAUCUUAGGGAACAGUUGUUGCAGUGAGUGACAUGUUACGUCUCUGUCUGAGGGUGUUGUUGUAGGUCCACAGACUGAAACGCAGGGGGCAGAAAGACACAGUGCCCUGUCUCACACUCCUCACCCCUCCGUCCCUCUCUUUCAGCCUCUCUCUUCUCUCCAUCUCUCUCUCUCCCCUCCCCUCUCUCCCUGUCCCUUAGCCCUCUCCUGUCUCGCUCUGUCAGUCUAUUUCCAGUGCUAGCUGAGUCAGGCGAAUAGCUCUCAGCUUGGAUUGACACAAAUAGGAAGAGGGACUCCAAUACUCUAAGAGGGUUAGACACCAACAGAAAAAUAACAAGAAACUUUAGAAAACAUCAGGAACUACGGAAAUAUACUGAAACCUGCUAAAGGAACCUGCUAUAAACUACAAAAAUGGACUCUGAUAUGGCGUUGACGGAAUUACAGGAGCAUGAGUUGCCAGAGGCCGUCGUCCAGGAGGAUGAAGACGACGUGGAGGAACUCAGGAACAGUCUGCGGGAGGUGGUCCAGGACCAGUCUGUGAAGCCCAAGCUGCAGUGUCUGAUGGCGGACCCGACCUUCUCCAUGGUGACAGUUCAGAGUGAGGACAGCGGCAUUGUCUGGGAAACGGCCUCCAGCCGAUGCUCCACACCCUGGGCGUCGGAGGCCAGCUACAGCUCUGACACCUACAGUUUGGACGGCUCUGCUACCGGUGGUGGAGGUGCACAGGGCAAAAUUACCAUUGUCUUCGACGAGGACAAGAUAAUUCGGAGGAGGAAGAGGACGAGAGGAAAGGCCAGGCUGGGGGAGAGGCUAAGGAGACCCGGGAGCUCCAGGUCUGGCUCGGCACUGGGGGUGGAGAGGCCUGAGAUGGCUGAGGUGUCUGUGCCAAACAUCCGAGUGGAGAGUGUAGAGUCAGACACAGAGUCAGGGGAAGUGAAAGACAAAGACCAGGAGUUGUUUAGUCUGAUCUCAGAGGGUUAUGAGAUCCUCAACAUCAAAGUUCCGUCCAAACUGCCCACAGUGGACGAGGAGGAGAGCACUGAGCUGCAGGAUAACCUGUCCUACUUGGAGGAGACACCCAGGAUCAGGUCCAAGUCCAGGCGGGGCUCUGAGGCCUUACCUGCCCAGGACUACCCAGAAAUGAAGGAGGGCACAGAAGGAGAAGAAGUGGGAGAGUCUAAACCCUCAGAACCCACAGAGCAACAGGGGCCUCACAGCCACAAGGACAGCACCAGCGACAUGGACUACUUUGAGGCGUUUACCCUGCUGGAUGAGGUGGUUCCUGGGCAGCAGGUUCCAGAGCCAGUGGGAGACGAGACACCCACGAAGCCCCAACGAGAGGAGCCUAAUCUGGGGCAGAUGACAGCCACAGACAGCCUCUCUGCAGCUCCGGACGAUGACUUUGUGUUUGUCACAGACAUGGAUAUUGCCAGCGAGCGUUUGGAUGAGGUGUUCUACGGGAACAAACACCACGCACCCCCAGAGGACCUGAUGAAAAGGGGAGAAGAGGAUGAAGAGGAGGGAGGGAAGGAAGGAAGAAGAGAGAGUCUGAGGUCUCUGAAGGAGAGUGGGUCAGCGCUGUUCAGCAAAGAGGAGAGCAUCCUCACCCCCAUCUUCCUCUCCCCGGGACCCCCUAAGAUCAUUGAUCCCAUCCUGCUAGAGGAACCCACAGCCAUGUCCUUCCUCUACUCCGACCUGUACGAGGACGCCAUGGGGGAGAGGAGGAGGAGCGACGAGGAAGGCUCAGAGGCAGAGAGCGUGGGGUCGGACAGAUCGUUCCAGAGGCGACUGUCUGAUUCAGAGGAAACAGACGGAUACCUGGAGAAGUUUAUCCUGAAAGACGAGACUCCCAAUGUGGAGGACCAAUCAGAAGAAGCGGAUGAUAAAGGGGAGGGGCUAAUGAUGUGGUCGCAGAGUAAGUUUGAGCUGACCGGAUUCCUAACGAGAGUGGUGGAAGAAGAAGAAGAGGAGAAGGAGGAGUGUAAGAAGGAGGAGAUCAAAGAUGCAGAGAUGAAUGGGUACCUGCAACCAGCAGGAUAUAAAGAGAUUAAGAAAUCAACAGAGAUGGAAGAAUCAACAGAGAAAUCUUUGUUGCACAUCAAGGAAACUGGUCCUGAUAAAGACUCUGAGUCUUUAAAUACAGACAGCAAAGUCACAGGAAAGAGACCUGAGAAGGUUGAUGUGGUAGAGGAAGCUAAAAGUGAGACAACACCUGAGGCACAUGAGUCAGAGGUUGACAGCCAGGAGGAGGUAGUGUCAGAUAAAGUAUCCCAUGAAACAGAGCUACUAGCUCAGGCAGAGGAGGUGAAAAAACUAGACGAAGUAGAAGUGUCUAGAGUGGCAAAACCAGUUGUAAUUCAGGAGCCUGUGGUUGUACAGGUGAACCAGGUGACAACUGAAAGUAAAACAGAGACUGUAGUUAAAGCCUCUGAACCUGUAAGAGCAGAGGAUGCUAUUAAAGAUCCAACUGAGGCCAUAGCAGGAGCACAGGAGCUACACAGGGUGUCUCAAAAGGCAGUUACUGAUUUAUCAGUAGUUAUUGUGAAAGUAUCAGAUGAUACUAAAAUGGCAUCUGAAAUUGCAGCUGAAGCAAUCAAUAGAAUGGAAAUGCUAGCUGAAGCACACAAAGUUGAAAAAGUAGAGAAUAGAUCUGAGGAGCCUGUGAGUGUAGAGGAGGAGUCCUUCACACACAAUCCUGAAGCCGAAGUAGUUCCAACUGCCCCUCCUGCAGAAGCAGCGGACCGGUGGUCGUCACCUCUUGCCCCUGCUGAGGGAGAUAAGGGACAGGAGGAAGAGCCAAUGAAGAAGCAGGACUUGGACGGUGAGGACGAGUGGGUGUUCACUCCCCUCAGGAGCUUUGCUCCUCAGGAAGACCUCUCUGUGCUGCACAGAGAAACUGUGGUUUCAGAGAUGGAGCUGCACACUGACGCUGGGGUCACGGAGAGAGAGCUGCACGGGGAGACUGCAGAAGAGCUGGAGUAUGAGAUAAUCUCGCAGCAGGAGGCAAGAGAGAUGAUGGUGUCUGAGACAGAGAGAAAACAACUGUGCCCAGGCCCUAACUCUAAUCUAGAGAGAGAGAGGGAGCUGGAGAAAGAAAAGGAGAGAGAGAUGGAGUUGGAGAGGGAGAGAAAGAAGCAGAGGCUCAAGGAGGAGGAGAGACAGAAGAGGGAGGGGAAGGAGAGACAGGAGAAGGAGAAACAGAUGGAGUUGGAGAGGGAAAGAGAAAGGGAGAGGCUAAGGCUGAAGGAGGCAAAGGAGAGACAGGAGAAGGAGAGACAGGUGGAAAAGGAAAGAGAAAAGGAGAGGCAGAGGCUGAAAGAAGAGAAGGAGAGACAGGCGAGGGAGAGAACGAUAGAAUUGGAGAGGGAGAGAGAAAGAGAGAGGCAGAGGCUGAAGGAGGAGAAGGAGAAGGAGAGACAGGUGAAGGAGAGACAGGCGAGGGAGAGAACGAUAGAAUUGGAGAGGGAGAGAGAAAGGGAGAGGCAGAGGCUGAAGGAGGAAAAGGAGAAGGAGAGACAGGUGAAGGAGAGACAGGAGAGGGAGAGACAGAUGGAGUUGGAGAGGGAGAGAGAAAAUGAGAGGCAGAGGCUGAAGGAGAGAGAGGAGAAGGAGAGACAGGAGAGGGAGAGACAGGAGAGGGAGAGACAGAUGGAGUUGGAGAGGGAAAGUGAAAAGGAGAGGCAGAGGCUGAAGGAGAGGGAGGAGAAGGAGACGAAGGAGAGGGAAAGACAGAUGGAGUUGGAGAGGGAGAGAGAAAGGGAGAUGCAUAGGCUGAAGGAGGAGAGGGAGGAGAAGGAGAUGAAGGAGAGGGAAAGACAGAUGGAGUUGGAGAGGGAGAAAGAAAAGGAGAGGCAGAGGCUGAAGGAGGAGAGUGAGGAGAGGGAGAGACAGGAGAGGGAGAGAGAAAGGGAAAGGCAGAUGAUGAAGGAGGAGUGCGAGAAGAAGGAGAGACAGGAGAGGGAAAGACAGAUGGAGAAGGAGAGAGAAAGGGACAGGCAGAGGCUGAAGGAAGAAAAAGAGAGACAGGAGAAGGAGACACGGGAGAGGGAGAGACAGAUAGAAUUGGAGAGGGAGAGAGAAAAUGAGAGGCAGAGGCAAAAGGAGAGAGAGGAGAAGGAGAGACAGGAGAGGGAGAGACAGAUGGAGUUGGAGAGGGAAAGAGCAAAUGAGAGGCAGAGGCUGAAGGAGGAGAAGGAGACGAAGGAGAGGGAAAGACAGAUGGAGUUGGAGAGAGAAAGGGAGAUGCAUAGGCUGAAGGAGGAGAGGGAGAGACAGAUGGAGAAGGAGAGAGAAAGGGACAGGCAGAGGCUGAAGGAAGAAAAAGAGAGACAGGAGAAGGAGACACGGGAGAGGGAGAGACAGAUAGAAUUGGAGAGGGAGAGAGAAAAUGAGAGGCAGAGGCAAAAGGAGAGAGAGGAGAAGGAGAGACAGGAGAGGGAGAGACAGAUGGAGUUGGAGAGGGAAAGAGCAAAUGAGAGGCAGAGGCUGAAGGAGGAGAAGGAGACGAAGGAGAGGGAAAGACAGAUGGAGUUGGAGAGAGAAAGGGAGAUGCAUAGGCUGAAGGAGGAGAGGGAGAGACAGAUGGAGAAGGAGAGAGAAAAAGACAGGCAGAGGCUGAAGGAAGAGAAAGAAAGACAGGAGAAGGAGAGACAGGAGAGGGAGAUACAGAUAGAAUUGGAGAGGGAGAGGGAAAAUGAGAGGCAGAGGCUGAAGGAGAGAGAGGAGAAGGAGAGACAGGAGAGGGAGAGACAGGAGAGGGAGAGACAGAUAGAAUUGGAGAGGGAGAGAGAAAAUGAGAGGCAGAGGCUGAAGGAGAGGGAGGAGAAGGAGAGGGAGAGACAGAUGGAGUUGGAGCGGGAAAGAGAAAAUGAGAGGCAGAGGCUGAAGGAGGAGAGGGAGAGACAGGAGAAGGAGAGACAGGAGAGGGAGAUACAGAUAGAAUUGGAGAGGGAGAGGGAAAAUGAGAGGCAGAGGCUGAAGGAGAGGGAGGAGAAGGAGAGAGAGGAGAAGGAGAGACAGGAGAGGGAGAGACAGGAGAGGGAGAGACAGAUAGAAUUGGAGAGGGAGAGAGAAAAUGUGAGGCAGAGGCUGAAGGAGAGGGAGGAGAAGGAGAGACAGAUGGAGUUGGAGCGGGAAAGAGAAAAUGAGAGGCAGAGGUUGAAGGAAAGAGAGGAGAAGGAGACAAAGGAGAGGGAAAGACAGAUGGAGUUAGAGAGGGAGAGAGAAAGGGAAAGGGAGAGGCAGAAGCUGAAGGAGGAGAGCGAGGAGAAGGCGAGACAGGAGAAGGAGAGACAGGAGAGGGAGAGACAGAUAGAAUUGGAAAGGGAGAUAGAAAAUGAGAGGCAGAGGCUGAAGGACAGGGAAGAAAAGGAGAGACAGGAGAGGGAGAGACAGAUGGAGUUGGAGCGGGAAAGAGAAAAUGAGAGGCAGAGGCUGAAGGAAAGAGAGGAGAAGGAGACAAAGGAGAGGGAAAGACAGAUGGAGUUAGAGAGGGAGAGAGAAAGGGAAAGGGAGAGGCAGAAGCUGAAGGAGGAGAGCGAGGAUAAGGAGAGACAGGAGAGGGAGAGACAGAUGGAGAGGGAGAGAGAAAAGGACAGGCAGAGGCUGAAGGAAGAGAAAGAGAGACAGGAGAGGGAGAGGGAGAGACAGAUGGAAAGGGAGCGAGAAAAGGACAGGCAGAGACUGAAGGAAGAGAAAGAGAGACAGGAGAGGGCGGAGAAGGAGAGACAUGAGAGGGAGGAAAAGGAGAGGGAGAGAGAACGAGAGAGAGAAAGGGAGAAAGAAAUGGAGAGGCUGAGGCUGAAUAAAUUGAAGGAGAGGGAGGAGAAGAAGAGACAGGAAAGGGAGGAGAGGGCGAGACAGGAGAAGGAUGAGAAGGAGAGACAGGAGAGAGAGAGAGAAAGGGAGAGGGAGAAUGAGAGACAGAUAGAAUUGGAGAGGGAGAGAGAAAGGGAGAGGCUGAGGCUGAAGGAGGAUAAGGAGAGACAGGAGAGGGAGGAAAAGGAGAGAGAGAGGGAAAGGCAGGAAGAGAAGGAGAGGCAUGAGAGGGAGAGUCAGAAGGAGGAGAAGGAGAGGAGGGAGAGGCAGGAGGAGAAGGAGAGGCAUGAGAGGGAGAGACAGAUGGAGUUGGAGAGGGAAAUAGAAAUGAAGAGGCUGAAGGAAGUGGAGAGGGAGGAGAAGGAGAAGGAGAGGGAGGAGAGAGAGAGAGAAAGGGAGAUGCAGAGGCUGAAGGAAGUGAAGAAGACACAGGAGAGGGAGAGACAGGAGAGGGAGGACAAGGAGAAACAGAUGGAGUUGUUGAGGGAGGAUGAGAGACAGGAGAGGGAGGAAAGGGAGCAGAAGGAGAGACAGGAGAGAGAGGGGAAGGGAAUACAGGAGAGGGAGAAAGAAAGAGACAAUCAGAGGCUGAAGGAGCGACAGGAGAGGAAGAGUGAGAUGGAGUUGGUAUUGGAGGGAGAAAAGCAGAAGGAAAGGGUGAGAGAAAACCUCUUGAUGGAUAUGGAGAGGCAGAAAGAGCGAGAGAUGGAGGAGAGGGUAAGAGAAGAGAGAGGACUGGAUCUCCCCGCUUACGAGGAGCCCAUUGAGGCUGAUUAUGAGAUAUUCGAUGCGGAGGAGGAGAGCCAGGCCAGAGCAGCUGCUGCCCUACAGGGGAUGGAUUGCUUCUGUCUGGGCUGUGGCUGUCUGCUCUCUGAGACUGAAAGACUGUCUGGAGGACACCAGGAUCAUGAGGUCACCAGCGUGGAGACAGCCUACGAAGACAUCAAGGAGAGGCUGAGUGAGUGGAUCUCAGAACUGCAGGAGAGAUCAGAGAACAUUGAGGAUCUGGUGUCAGAACUAGAGCUGGGAUACAACACUGUAGAGGAUCAUUGCAGGGACAGUGAGGAGGUGAUGGAGGCUCAGAAUGAGGAGAUGAUGGCUCUGGUGAUGGAGCAGUACAACACCAUGUCUCUGAGCAUGGAGGAGGAAAAGAAGGCAAAGCUGGAGCAGCUUUACGACCAGAUCGUCUCCUUCCAGGAGAGUAUAGACCAGACCAAGGUCACACUGGACACCACCGCUAGAGAGGCAGAGAUAGACCCAGACACACAGACAUCCAAAGACAUCUAUAUGAGGUUAACAGAAGCACUACAGUCAGCCAUGUCUCUGGAGCUGGGUCCUCGGGGACUACUAGUGUUUGAAGAUUACGCCAAGGGCAAUGCAGCCAAUACACACACACGACGCAAGGGAAUCCCAGUUCCUCAGAAGCCGUCUCUGCAGCCUCAGGAGUGUGCUUCAGCCAGCAGCACCAGUGUGACUGUUUACUGGAAGGUCAACCCUGGAGACAUCAUAGACUGCUUCCAGGUCUACUGUAUGGAAGACCCACAAGGAGCGGUGUCGGAUGAGUACCGUGUGACAGUGAAGGAGAGUUACUGUGUUCUAGAGGAGCUGGAGCCUGACAAGGUGUAUAAAGUGUGGGUGAUGGCUGUCAACUAUACCGGCUGCUCCCUGCCAAGUGAGAGACUACCCUUCAGAACUGCCCCAUCGGUGCCAGUGAUUGAUACGGGGCGGUGUACGAUACUGUGGGACUCAGCCACGUUGCGUUGGAAUGUGGACAACCAAACACCCACGCAGAGUUACACCCUGGAGUACUGCAGACAGUACGCCCUUGAGGGAGAAGGGCUGAGGUCUAUCUCCGGUAUUCAGGGCAGACAACAGAGGGUACUACUGCAUCCCAAUGAGAACUACCUGUUCUACAUCAAAGCUGUCAACAAAGCUGGAGCCAGCGAACAGAGCGAGGCUGCUCUCAUAUCUACCAGGGGAACUAGGUUCCACCUGUUGAAGGCUUCGGCUCACCCUGUCCUGAAACUUUCUGAGGACCAGACCACCCUGUACUACCCCCAGGACACAUACACAGAGAGAGGGGAUGUGGUUAACGAAUGUCCAUCUGUCCUGGGUGAGUUGUUACCCAUGAGGGGGCAUCACUACUGGGAGACCAAUGUGACCAGAAGUUCUGCAUACCGGGUGGGAGUGGCAUAUGAGACAGCCAAUAGGGACAGCCUACUGGGGGAGAACAGUGAAUCGUGGUGUCUGCAUUGUGUCCCUACACCCUACAGUUGUCGGUUUGAGCUGCUCCAUGGCAGUGUUCAGUCAGAUGUGUUCGUGGGGGAGGUGCCCUCUCAUAUUGGCACACUGCUAGACUACAAGCAUGGCCGUCUGUCCUUCUAUAACACCCAGCGCGGCCAGCUGCUCGGGACCCUCGCCCACUGCUUCACCCAACCAUGCCAUCCUGUCCUGGGCAUGGAGCAGCCAGGCAGCCUGAAAGUCAGCAUGGCCCUGGAGGUGGCCGACUUCGCCAAGCACAGCUAGCCAAGCACCAGAUCUUCCCUAUGCAAGAUAUGUGAUCAUAAGUACCCAUGGGUUUAAUAUACAUUUUAUAGAAAUAUACAUUUUAUACAGCCUGCACAGUGAUAGCUACACUUUUAAUGGAAUAAAUAGCCAGACUCUCCCCGAUGAGGGUGGUGCCUAUAGUAGUAUCAGGACAUUCACUGACUCAGUGAUGAAAGACAGACAGGAGUGAGAGAGGAAGUACUGUAGUUGCUUCAGUAGUAUAGAUUUGAAAGAAAAUGCAAUUCUUGAAGGUAAUAGGAAAAACAAAACAUAAUCGGAGCAAUAGUCAAUAUCUAUCGAUCAAUACAUGCUGUUUUAUUUCUCUUGUGAAUUUGACUGAGUGUGUUCUUGUUCAGGUGAAAUGUUUAAUCUCUGAGAUUUAGUAUUAAUUCAUCUUUUGGAUAUAUUUUUUAACAUGUUUUGUCAAUUGUUUUGCGUGCUUUAAUUUCUCCAGUAUCUCCUUCUCUCUUUUCUCAGCAGUCUUACUCAUCUCUCCUAGAGCCUUUAGUGGGUACAGUAGGCACAGACUGCUGAGAUGCACAUUAAACUGUGUGCAGCUACCAGGGUAUUGAGCCCAGGUAGUCUGUGUGACUUAGUACUGUGUUAGCCCACUGAGCUACAUGCAAAGCAAGGUCAUUAGUUGGAGAUUGUAUGGAUAAAGACACUAGUAACUAUUUUGUUUAAAGCCAUAGCCCUAGUUGUGUUUCAUGUUGUGAAUACUGGUGUAUAAAUAACCUUGUAAACAGAUAUGUUGAAUCCAUUCUGUGUAUUUGUUUGGAAUCAUUUCUGAAUGAUGAUGAAUUUGAGUUUUUUUUUUCUUUGUUGAAUGUCUUCAUGUUAGAGUCUGAUGAAGCGAUGGUUAUUUUUGUAUUUGAGACAGCACUGAAUAAACUCCUAAGGUGAUCUAGAA